CCUGCUAGAAGCAACUUGGGCACGAACUAACUUAGGGUAUAUCACUCCUAGCUAUGCCCUAUCUAACCAUCAUAUCCCCGACUGAAAAGCUUUUUGACACCUCGGGUGGUUCCCUCGUAAGUCUGAAAUAGCAUAUUGGGGACAAUCCAAUAAACGAGGAGCAAUAUUCGGCUCAGAUGUAAAAACUUUUCCACAAUGGUUUGUUCUGAAUCGACCAUGUAUACCAGUUCAAAUUUUAUCAUCAAAUGACACAUAUAAAAAAGAAUGUCUUAAAAGUAUUUAUGUUUAUAGCAAUCGAUUAAGUCCAUGGAUUGGUCAUUAUUUACCUACAUUUGAAUGUACGCCGAAUGGAGAACCUUUAAGUGAUGAAUGGCUCAAGUUCUUUAAAUUGAAAACGGAAUUAUCAACUGAUGAUUACAUAUAUAUUCUUCAUCAAAUUUAUGUUCGACACCAAACAGGAUACGAUUUCGAAAAUGAUUUACAUAUUCAAAAAAUCUAUACUAAUCUUUUGAACAUACUUUCUAAUACAGAUACUAAUCAACGUCAAUUGUAUCGUGAAAAAUGCCUUUCGAAGAGUAUAUAUUUACUAAGCGAGCGUAAUAGUCUUUUUAUGCCAUCUGAAGAACUCAACUUUUGA